AUGUAUCCAACAGGGCUUGAAAGUGAAGAUAGCGGUGAUGAAGAAAGCAGCAACGACGAGGACGAGGACGAGGACGAUGAGGAUGACGAAGAUGAAGAAAUCCGAGAGGACAUGCGGGCUAGAGUCGAGAACGGAUACCUUCCCUCAAUGGAGACUCAUAUCGUCCUCUGGAAGUACGGGAUCUGCAAAUUUCCUGACGAUGUGACAAGACCGAACCACCUUGCUGUGAUAGACCUGAGAUACAACCUGAUCCGGGAAUUCCCACCUGAGAUGAGGCACAUGAAGCGGCUGGUGCACCUGGAUCUCACUUCCAAUCGCAUCGAAACCAUCCCUGAGAGCAUCUCCCACCUCAAGCGUCUCCGUGGACUGUUCUUGUCUAACAAUACGAUCCGAGAGAUUCCUGUGGGUCUUUGCUCUCUGGGCAAACUUGAGACUUACUUCUCUACCGCCGGAGAUGGCGCUCCUGACCCGGUUGCAUACACUGACACUCAAGGGAAAUCCGCUGAUCUUGUGUACGUCUUCAAGAGUAAGGAGGAGGAGGAGAGAGAUGAGAACGAGGAUAAGGAGGACGAGGAGGACGAGGUUGACGAGGACGAGGACGAUGAGGAGGAGGACAAAGAUGUGGACGGGAGGAAAAAGAUGAUAGAGAGGGGGAAGAUGAGAACGAUGAAGCUUGUGGGACGUGGCGCCAGCAGCGAUCGGGGAGGUGAGGUGUGGGAGGAUGAGGAGGUUCUGACCAGCACAAGGCGCCUGUCUCCCUCUUCGACUCCGACGAGCGCGAGGCAGAUGCGGCGCAUGCUUCCGGGCGAUCAACUUUGCAUCGAAAGGGACAUGACAGCGUCUCAGCUUCUGUUUCAAGACCAUUCGUACCGUGAGCUCAACAAGGUCCCGACUUCAAUUUUCCGAUCGACGCAGCUUCAGGCUCUUUCACUGCGUCAAAACCUUCUCGAAAGUCUUCCAGAAGAGCUUGAGGGACACACCAAUCUUCGUCUCCUCGACGUGUCGCACAACAGGGUCGAAAAGAUCCCACGAGCGUAUACGUCUCUUGUGAACCUGCAAGAGCUCAACGUGUCUUUUAAUCAGAUGAUCAAUACAGCAUCUCAAGAGAACAGCUACGAGGAUCUCUCAUUUCCCAUUGAG